AUGUUUGCCAAGUCAGUAGCCACACCGCUAUUGGCACUCUCUUUGCUCGCAUCACACGCUGCUGCCGUGCCGAAGGGUGCUUGGGAAAAGCGCAGUGAGCAUGUCCUGCUGCCCAGGGAUGACCAUGGCUACAAGAUUGCUACUGCGCCCAACAAUGUCACGAUCCGAUACAAGAACCCUGGUAUCUGCGAAACAACACCUGGCGUAGAGAGUUAUGCUGGAUAUGUGGAUCUUGCACCUAAUGUCCACAUCUUCUUCUGGUUCUUUGAAUCCCGUAGAGAUCCUGCUUCCGACCCGGUCACUCUGUGGUUGAAUGGCGGUCCUGGAUCCGAUUCCCUUAUUGGGCUCUUCCAGGAAAAUGGACCUUGCAUGAUUGAUGACAAUAUCACGGCUGUGUAUAACCCAUACAGCUGGAAUAAUAUCUCUAACAUGCUGUACAUUUCACAGCCGGUCGGCACAGGCUUCAGCUACCAAGCAGAGGGUGUUGGCGCUUUCAACGAUUUCACAGGAGAUUUUAUUCCCAACGUUACUGACUCUGAUUCUUCUGGGGUCUGGCCAGUUUUGGAUCCAUUGAACCGGGGCACGGUUGAUACGACUGAUCUUGCAGCAGUAGGAGUAUGGCACGUUUUGCAAGCGCUCUUCGCCACCAUCCCAAAGUUCGAUGCCAAAAUCGGUCCUGUAAACGCAUCACGAGAAUUCAAUUUCGCCACCGAAUCCUACGGCGGCCACUACGGUCCCACCUUCUACCGUUACUUUGACGAUCAAAACCAAAAGAUCCAAAAUGGAAGCAUGCCGGGCUACGAAAUCAACUUCAACAGUCUGAGUCUCAUCAAUGCCCUCAUCGACGUAGAGGUGCAAGCAGACUGGUACCCGGAAUUCGCCGUCAACAACACAUACGGCAUCAAAGCCUACAACGACACGGUCUACUCGUACGCCAAAUUCGCAAACAACAUGUUUGGCGGUUGCCGCUACAAGAUUGGUCAAUGCCGCAUCGCAGCGGGCACAAAUGGGUCGUACUUCGAUCCCGCUGCGCGCAUCACAACUGCAGAUUUGUUGCCUGGCGUCAAGGCAUUUUGCGCCGAAUCAGCAAACAUGUGUCGCGACAAUGUUGAAGGGCCAUACUACUACUAUAGUGGCCGCGGCACGUACGAUAUCCGUCACCCGACCGCAGAUCCAACGCCGCCCGAUAACUUUCAAAAUUAUCUGAACGAUCCAAAGGUGCAAGAGGCACUUGGCGUGACUGUGAAUUAUACCUUGUCAAACUCUAACAUCUAUUUUGCUUUCCAGAGUAGUGGAGAUUGGGUGUUUCCGAAUUACAGGCUCGAUUUGGAGUAUCUGCUUAAUCACGAUGUGCGGGUUAGCUUGGCGUAUGGGGAUGCUGAUUAUAUCUGCAACUGGUUUGGUGGUCAGGCUAUUAGUUUGGCACUGGAAUACACGCAUAGCCAACAGUUCCGCGCUGCGGGAUACGAGCCCAUGACUGUCGACGGUACAGAGUACGGUGAGGUCCGUCAAUAUGGUAAUUUCAGCUUUGCUCGUAUCUACGAGUCCGGGCAUGAGAUUCCUUAUUACCAGCCCAUCGCAGCCCUGGCCUAUUUCAACCGCACCAUUAACCACUUCGAUAUCGCUACGGGCCAGAAACCAGUUACAGCCAAUCUGACGUCUUCGGGCCCUGCAAACGCAACGCACACGAAUUCUUUUGUUCCGUUGACGUCGUCACAGUCGUAUCCCUUUCCUCAACCGUUUCCUACUCCUGCGCCGAGGUCCUAG